CUCGACUGCUCUCUCCGCCGCAGUUCACGAGCACGAGUCACGGAAAACGUGUGCGGAAAGUUUUGGGUGGAUUAGAGUGGAAAACCUGUUAUUACAAACCUGUUAUUUUCGCUUGAAUCUUAUAUUUGCAGUCGCAUGUUUGCUCAGAGAGCGAACACAGCGGGACUGGAAGUCAGGAGAGAGAGCCACUCAGCAACAUGACGGCGGGCAAGACAGCGCACAAGGUGCUGCUCACGCAACAAAGAGCGGCGCACGACCUGGCCGAAGCAGGCGUGUCUGUCUCUGCACCUCACGACACCACAGAGGUGCUGAAGGCGAGGUACGUGUUCGCGCUGCUGGGCUUCCUGGGAGCCUCCAUCCUCUACUUCGUGCGAGUGAACAUCUCGGUGGCCAUCGUGGCCAUGGUGAACCACACGGCUCUGGCCUCGGCGCGAAGCCCCUCGGAGGAGGCCUCGCACGACGUCUGUCCCGGGGGCGACAAUGACACGCUGCUCAAGUCAGAAGAUGGCGAGUUCGUGUGGGACGAGGAGAGGCAGGGCCUCAUCCUGUCCGGGUUCUUCUACGGCUAUGCGGCGGGACAGCUGGUCGGGGGCCAGUUGGCGGAGCGCUUCGGCGGCAAGAUGGUGUAUGGGCUGGGCACCUUCCUAGCGGCAGCCCUCACCGUGGUCAGUCCGCAGUGCGCCUGGCUCAGUCACCACCUGCUGUUCGCCGUGCGCCUGCUGGAGGGACUCGCCGAGAGCGUAACAUAUCCAGCAUUGCAGUUCAUGAUUUCAAAAUGGGCUCCACCUCAAGAAAGGAGCAGAUUUUCCAUUAUCUUUUCAGGUGGCUACCUCGGGACCAUCACGUGUUUCCCGAUCUCGGGACUGCUGUGCGACUGGGGCGUCGCUGGGGGCUGGCCAAUGGUGUUCUACGUGUUUGGAGGGAUCGGCGUCGUCUGGUUCAUCCCGUGGCUCUUCCUGGUCUACGACUCCCCGCAGCAACAUCCCCGGAUAUCGCCGGAGGAACGCGACUACAUAGAGAAGUCUAUUGGAGCAAUUCCAUCAAAGAAAUCACUGCCAACCCCGUGGAAGGCUCUACUGCUCUCCCCGGGGGUGUGGGCGUGUGCUGUUAUGUACAUGGGCAUCGGCUGGACCUUCUUCACGCUGCUCACAGGCCUGCCAACCUACAUGAAGCAUGUGCUGCAUUUCAACAUCAAGAAUAAUGCAGCCCUGAGCACAAUCCCAUACAUAACGGGAGGAGUGUUCAGUGUGAUCCUCGGCUACCUGAUGGACUACAUCAUCGCCAGGGGCCGUGUCACCAAGCUGACUGCCUGCAAGAUCUGCAAUGCGAUAACCUCCAUCGGUCCAGCCGUCACCCUGGUGCUCAUCACGCUGAUUGGCUGCGACCCUGUGUGGAUCAUCGUGCUGCUGGCUCUGAAUGGCCUGUGCAUGGGCACCCAGUACACGGGCAACAGCAUGAACCUCAUAGCGCUGGCGCCCAACUUCGCGGGCACGACGUACGGUCUGUGCAACACCUUCUCCAGCACGGUGGGCAUCCUGGCGCCCUACGUCACGGGCUUCCUCACCAACGGCAACCAAACUCGAACUCAGUGGAACGUGGUUUUCUACACUUCAGCGGCUGUCAGUAUGAUCACUUUUAUAUUCUACAUGGCCCUGUGUACAGACGAAGAACAGCCGUGGAACAACCCCCACCCUGACAUGGCACUGGAGCCAAUGAACAAGAAACCAAAAAGCGAACUUGACAAGAUGAAGUCUAAUGAGUCAUUCAGUCAGCUGUCUCUGCAUCUUAAUUAAUUCAUAAUAAGUAUCCAAGCAAAACAUUUCAAUAAUAGCCCACUGUGCAGCUGUGGAAACUUAUCACCCACGUGUGGUUGCUGACUUGGGCGAUAUUCAGUGAACUGUGUCUCGAAGACGUGGCUGGUGUGUCUUGCCAGUGAACUGUAAGAGUUACAUGUGAAACAAUUUUUUUUUUAACUAAAACUCAAUUGUUGUAGAAUAAGUGAUCAAUCCUGCCAUUCAGUGACACUAAGAUCAUGAUGUGCAUUUAAAAUUAUAUAUAUUUCUCAUUUUGGUGUUUAACAAUACAAGAAGUGGAAAAAGUUUUAAGUAACGGAAGAGCACAUCUGAUUGAUGAAGGUAAAGUGUGUGAUGUCUGUAUUUGUGUUUCCUCUUCGUACAGCACACGUCCUUCCAACUGGGAGGGCCUGCUGAGCUACUUGACAGGACCUGGCCUUGCCAAUGAGAGGUAGGCAUACCGUGCUCGCUCGCCGUGUGGCCAGGGACUAACACAGUACAGUGCUAUGUGAAAGUGCAUAUUCUGGGGCAAACAUUUUAUAGUUUGUUAAACAUUUGCAAGUUUAUUUUUUUUAUCAAAUCACUAAUUUAUAUUAUAAUAUUUUUGUAAUAAUUAAAAGAAUAAGAGUUAGCA